CUCCUCCUCCUCCUGUGUGAACAAUGCGAGGGUGCGCAUGAGGUAGACUGGGAAGAGUGAAGAACAGAUGUUUGGGGGACAUCAGGCCACGCAUGAUCACACAAGCACACAAGGAGCCGAGCUGUGCAUGUGAUCACAGCUACAAACUCUCCAUCUUUGUCAAGUGGAAUUCGUAUUUACCGGUACGACAGUACUUUUAGUUAAAAGUUUUUUUUCUCCCCUCUCCCCGCAUCAUGGGUUGCUCGUCAUCCAGUGCACAGACUGUAGAUCAAGAAAAGAAACCAGGUACGAAGCCCGAAGAGAGCAAUGGAGGCCCAUUGGCUGUUCGGAACGGCAUCAUCGCAGAGACCACUGAGGACAAAACACAGUUGUGUGAAAGUGCCUUAGCAGAUGAUUUUCAGCAGGCGGCUGACGAUGGCACAGGGGCAGCGUUAGUGGUUGCGCAAGGCCAGGAGGACCUUCGCUCUGGUCAAGACCUAAUGACCGAGCUUGAGCCACAACCAGAUCCUUUCAGUGUUCAAGAGCCUGGUUCAGCUGCUGGCCCAGUAGAAGCCUCCAGUGACUCUGGAUUUGCAGAUGUUGCUGUAGAAGCCGUGGAACCUCAGAUGGUCAAAUCCCUUUCGGCGGAGGAGAUCCCAACCAUGGGAGAGGGUGCAAUGGAACAAGCAGAAGUCCAUUCCAUAGAAGAUGCUGAAACUUGUAAAACAGAGGUUCCUGUCCUGAAAGAUGAUGAUGUGAUAAAGGUUGAGGUACCUGCUCUUAAAGGAAUACAUGCUGAGAGCCCGACUACAGAUAUUGAACCUGUGCGGGCUGAUGUUCCUGCUGUUGUUGAACUGGCAUCCGUUGUCCCAGCCUGGGCCUCUCCUGAAGCUGCCAACACUGUUGCUGAGCCUGUGGGAGCAAAUAUGCAGGAGGCAGUACCUGAGGUCCCUAAUGAAGUGGUCCCAUUUUUAGAGACUGCAAGUGAAAAUUCUCUAUUGCCUCCAGCUUUAGUCAUACCUGAAUCUCCUGCUUCAACCGAGUCUGCGCCAAAUGAAGUUGAACCGCCAGCUGGAGCAACAGCAGGAGAUGCUUCAGUCGAAGAUUCAACCACUGCUAAGUCCCCUGAGGCAAAAGAGGUGAUUAUAGAUACAGGAAUUGCAGUGGCGACCAUUCCGGAGAUGCCCCCUUUAGUUCAGGUUGGAGAUGAGACAGAAGAUGAGCAGCGACCUACUGCUGAAGAGUCCAAUGAAUCUGUUGUGAUGCCUUCAGAAAUUGCUCAACAAUCAGAACCCUCAAGUCCUACAGAAUCAACCGCACUUCAGGAACCUGCCUUGGUAGCUAAAGAACAAGUCCUCGAGAUUCCAGUGUCUUCAACAUUACCUUUGGAAAACUCAUCAAAGGAAGCCUCGGAAUUUUCAUCAACUUUUGGAGCCUCUCCAUCUUCAGUGACAAGUGAUGCAGCGCAACCUACAGAAGUAGAAAUUGAAGCCAAUUCACCAGUCACUGCUGCUGAUCAGGCCUCUGAAACCUCAACUGAAGUAGUAGUAGUAGUGUCAGCAGCAGAGUGCCAUCAGGGUAUGGAGAAGGAAAGAGCCAAAAAGGAAGACUGAAUUGGUAAGGAAAAAAACAAGUGGACUGUGACCCACGGUCUCCCGAACCAGAAUAACAACUCUAACCAUUAAACGCACAUUACUCAGUCAAACUAACCUCAUGUACAGUGAUAGCCAGAUGUUUGGGGCGGUAAUGCAGUUACAAUUACUAGUAGUCAUAAACGUUCUUUUUUUGUCCUUAAAUUAUCUUUCAGACAGAGAAAAGAAGCUUUAAAAAAAAAAAAGGAAAAACACCCAAAGCUACAAAUACAAAGGCAACUGAAGGAAAAAGGUGAUGCGGCAACAAAACCAACUUACCUUUGUCAGUAUCGUCUUACCAGUACUUAUCAAGUGUAUGUCUGAUAAAUUAAUACUCAUUGUUGCUUCAUUUGUCAUUUUGUAGAACAGGUUUUGGAUACAUUCUAUAACUUUGUAUUGGAUGAAAAAUACAAAAACAGGUGCCGGUGGUCCAAGUGUAGCCAACUGACAAACACGAAUAAUAAAACAAUGAACAUUCACAGAUAAAAACAGGUUAAUAGUGUCAGUAACAUGAUUUUUGCUUACAAAAACAAAUAAAAUAAAAUCUGUUAUAAAAUGUUAGGUCACCUUUCAGAAGUAUGGACAGAAUUUGGUGUGUAUGUAAUAUGUUUGUGCUAUAACUUCUACUUUGCUUGGUGUUUUAAUAUGAUAAUGUCGGGAUUUUUGUCUUGCCUGCCCCCAAACUUUUUUCUGACACCCCUCUCACUCAUACCAGUUGAUGAUCCUCCCAAAGUAGACUGUAACACAACUCAUUUUAAAAUGAAAAUCACUAAAUCAUUUUCCUGAAAAAUAAAAUACUUGUACAUUGAGCGUUUUAGUGAAAAAUGGACCAAACUGGCCCGAAGAACCUUUUUAAAAGUAUUUUAAUAGCGUUACUAUUGCGGUGGGGGAUCACAAACGGUUUCUGAAAUUUAACUCACCUUUCUCAAAUGUGUGGUGAGUCACAGUGACUUUGUGAUUUAACAAGGGUGGGCAAUUAUGUUUUCACAGAGGGUCCGAAAGGUAUGGAUUUUUUUGUGCCUUAAUAAAUUGAAUUGUCAUUUGAAACUG